CAGCAAAACGGACACCAAAAAUUAAUAUUAUGACGCCAGAAUUAGCUGCUGCACUGGAUCGUGGUAAUGUAAGUAGCCGAAGCGCCACAUAUGUUUUGGCAGCUACUUUAAAAAGUGUGGGAUUCGAUACUCGGAAUGUAAAUUUGAGUUAUAAAACUAUUCAACGACAGCGUAUAAUUCAUCGGAAAGAAAUUGCUAAAGGCUUAAAAGAAGACUUAAAAUUCAAUGACAAUUAUGUGGUCCAUUGGGAUGGUAAACUGCUAAGUGAUAUUGUUGGGACAGAAACAGUAGAUAGGCUUCCGGUGCUUUUAACAUCGUCUGGCAGUGAACAGCUAUUGGGUAUUCCAAAAAUUAAUUCAGGAUCUGGGAUUGAGCAAGCUUUAGCUGUAUACUCAACUAUGGAGCAAUGGGGUGUCAGUAAUUACAUAAAAGCGAUAUGCUUUGAUACUGCAGCAACCAAUACGGGAAUUCAUCAUGGCGCUGGCGUAGAGCUUGAGAAAAUUCUGAAACGAAAGCUUAUAUGGUUACCCUGUCGUCAUCAUGUAAUUGAACUUGUCAUAAAAGGCGUUUUGAAGCUUACUGGCCAGUACAAUCAGGUCCGAACGUUCCAUUUUUAA